AUGAGUAAAAUAAGUUUAAUGAUCGGCGGGGUUACGGAGCUAUUGUCCAGUGCUAUCGGUUGGAGGAAUAAAUGUGAGAGCACUCGAAGACUUGAUGGUCAGGUUGUGGUGAUAACCGGUGCCAACACUGGUAUCGGUAAAGAGACUGCACUUCACCUCUCAUUACGAGGCGCUAAGAUUAUCAUCGCAUGUCGUGAUGUGGACAAAGGCAAAGAAGCCAUAACCGAAAUACUCGUCAAGAAUCCAAACGCAAACUUAAAUGUAUUAAAACUGGAUUUGUCUUCAUUGGCAUCGGUUCGCGAGUUUGCGAAGAAUGUGUCACUAAAUGAGUCCAAUAUAGACAUACUUAUCAAUAACGCCGGACUUGGGAUGUGUCCCGAAUGGCAGACCAAAGAGGGCUACGAAAUGGUAUUUGGAACCAAUCACUUGGACAUACUUAUCAAUAACGCCGGACUUGGGAUGUGUCCCGAAUGGCAGACCAAAGAGGGCUACGAAAUGGUAUUUGGAACCAAUCACUUGGGUCAUUUUCUACUGACUCUCUUAUUACUACCGCUGUUACGAAAGUCACCCAAAGCUAGGGUUAUAAACGUCUCAUCCGUUGCAUACAAAAUGGGAAAAAUUGAUUUUGAAAAUAUAAACCUAAGGAAUGGUGUCUAUAAUGGUAUAACCGCUUACUCUCAGAGUAAACUGGCAAAUAUAUUGUUUUCACGGGAACUGUCGAAACGGUUGGGUCCUAAUAGUCCAGUGACCACAUAUUCGUUACAUCCCGGUCCUGUCAAAACCAAUAGGUCUCGCUAUAUGGAGAAUAAAUCGCUGAAAGCUUUUUACGAUACAAUGACUACAUUAUUGUAUUUAAGACCAGAAAUGGGAUGUCAGACAACACUGUAUUGCGCUCUCGAGGAAAGUCUCGACAGAGAGACCGGUCUUUAUUACAAUAAUUGUCGUGAGGAGAAGCUGUGGGCUAACGGAUCCGAUGAUAAAAGUGCUGAAAGGCUAUGGAAUCUGAGCUGCGAUUUGGUUCAUCUCGAAGAUCAUCUCAAGAUUUAA